ACUGGCGAGAUUUCUAGCAUUGGCCUUCAAGAAACCUGUGGAAAAGCAUCUCCCAACAAAUCGUACACACAGCCACUCUACUCCGUCCAACUAAAUUCCACAACCUCAGUCUGAGUUUGAGAGGAAACCCUAACGCUGCCGGCUAGAGAGUACUAGUCGUCCCUAACGUUUUUUUUUUUCCCACAUUGCACCUGGAUCACAAUUAAUUGCCGGAAUAGCAGCGAACUUCGCUGACACGCAGUCCCAAACCGAGCACAUCAAGAAAACAAUGUCGACGGACGACGAUGAUUCGCCGACCAUGGAGGUGCAGCUGGAGUCGUUGGGCGUUCUGUGCCGACGGCUGCAGGACGCCGCGCGGCAGGCGCAUUCGCACGCCAAGGUGCUCUUAAAGCACGCCGACACCAUGGUUCUACGCGUCGAAAUCGCCAAACGCGGCGUUGACCUCGUCGAUCACGACUUUGACCAGGCGCUAGGAAGCGACGUGACAGAGGCUCAAGAGCUAGUAGAAUCUGCCAUCUCAUCGCUCGCCACGUGUCAGACUCUCCUUGGCUCGUCGUCCAUCGUAGGAGGCGGUGUGGCUUGUGGCGAUGCUUUUGGUCACGGCAGAGAUGCAGCCCCCACCGCCGCCGCCGCCGCUGCUGUAGCGGCAGCAGGUACAGCUACAGCCACACCGGGACAACCAUCCCCAUUGACACCAGCACUAGCAGCAGCAGCAGGAGCCGCAGCAGCAGCAGCAGCCGCUGCAGGAGCACAGCAGCAUGGGCAAGCCACAAACCAUGGGCAGCACGAUCGGCCACUUGACUGGAACCUCCACAACCACUUCACACAAAACCACAUGAACCUGGCUGCAGCCACUGGGAGCGCCGCUGGCCACAUGAGCCUGCCACAUGCCACGGGAAACGUCUCCCAGAUGAAUUUAACAGCCGCCACUGGAAGCGCCCGCGCUCCCAUGCCGAUGGGAGCCCAUGUGCUGCCAGACCCGUCGCAUACGGCAGCAUACGCACACUGGUUCCAGGGUUUACCUGGGGGGAUUACUCUGCCUGGCGCACCAAGUGGGGCGGCUGCUGCAGGAGGGGCCAUUGGGAGCGUAAGUGGGGGUGUGGCUGCUGCUUUUGGUGCUGCUGGUGGUGCUGCUGCCGAUGCUGGGGCUGGUGGAUCCGGAGGGGCGGUGGAGGGAGAGGAUGAAUUGGCGGCACAGGUAAGACUGGAGGCAGCAAUAGGAGAUGGGCUCAUAAGACAAGCUCUGGCUUUCCUGGGGGAUGGGGGAGAAGGGCGGGUGGGGGGGGAAGGGGGAAUGAAGCUAGCAGGAGGAGUGGGAGGGGCGGAGGGAAUGGGCGGAGUGAGGGGGGAAGGACUGGCAACGAACCAGGGGGAUUUCAGCGGCAGCGGUGGCAGCGGCAGCGGGUUCAGCUUUGCGGCAGCAGCAGCAGCAGCAGCAACAGACAGCCUGCACACACCAGACCACCCUCACCCUAGAACCAACCGUCCUGGGGCAGCCACUGGAACUGCCAGCGGUGGUGUGGGGGGUGAUGGUGAUGGUGCUGAUGGUGCUGCUGCUGGUGGGUUUCUGCGAACUGGUGUGACGGGACAUGGAAGUGAGACUGAACGGAAAAGAGCAGCAGAGGAGGAGUCAGACGGCCAGAUACUUGUUCCCCAUAAGCGGCAGCGAGCCCCAGCCAAACCAGCCAUCUCCGAAAUUCCACCGGACGGGUGGGAGUGGCGAAAAUAUGGGCAGAAAGCCACCCUCGGGCAGCUCUACCCGAGAAACUAUUUCCGGUGUGCGCACAAGAGCCCGGGGGUGGCCUGCACGGCUAAGAAAUGGGCUGAGCGGUGCAAUGAGAAUCCGUCUAACUGGAGGAUUAAGUAUAUGUCGGAGCAUAACCACGCCAAGCCACCGCCCCGGCCCGUCACCAUCACCAUCGUGCAUGAUGCUAUGGGGGGGGUGGAUGCAGGUGGUUCCAUGGCGGGUGUCGGGUCGCCGCCGCCGGCACUCAGUGGAACGUCCCCUGCUGCUGCUGCCGUUACAGCUGCUGCUACAGCUAUUGAUGCCGUGGCUGCGCCCUCCCCACUACAGCUGCUGCCUGCCCCUCGGUCUGGAAGUGCAGAGGAUCAUGCACAUGGCAACAACGGCGGCAGUGGUGGUAGUGCUGGUGGUGGUGCUGCUGCUGAUGGUGCUGGUGGUGGUGGUCAUGCGGGUGGUGCUGUUGGUGCUGGUGGUGGUGGUAGUAGCACGGAUGGUGCUGCGGGUGCUGGUGGUAGUGGUGGUGCUGGUGUUGGUGGUAGUGGUAGUGCGGGUGGUGCUGGUGGGGCUGGUGGUGCUGGUGGUGCUGGUGCUAGUGGUAGUGGUAGUGGUGGUACUGCUGCUGCGUCUGGAGGUGGGAGCGGUGGGGAAGGAGCCGAAGGUGGAGGAGGAGGAGGAGGGGGAGCAGCGGUAAGCCCAUUGAGGCAAAGAGCAGAAGAAGCAUUAGCAGCAGCAACAGCAGUGGCAGCAGAGCUUGCGGCAGAACUAGCAGCAGCAGGAGGAGGAGGAGGCGGAGGAACAGCAGCAGCAGGAGCGACACUAGCAGCUCUGGGAACUCAAGCCUUUUUUGGCUCGGCCGAGCCUCGGCCACGGUCAGGCUCGGGAGGGGGUGGGAGUGAGAGGGAGAACGCAGGGGAUUCAGGGUUGGCUGAGGAAAGCAGCACUGGUGGCAGCCCUCCGGUUGUGAAGGAGAUGGGAGAAGGGAAAGGGAUGGGUGAUGGGCAGAAUGUGUGUGAGGAUGGAGAGGAGGUGAAGCAUGGGGUUUGGGGAACGGAGAAGGGGAACGAGAGGAGUGAGAGCCCACCGAAGACUCCCAGCAGCAGAACAGCCGGCGAGGUGAGGGGCGUGCAGGGGGCAGUGCGGAGGUAUGCAACAGCCGCUAGAGACUUGGCUCACCAGCAGCAGCAGACACAUGCUGCUGCGCGGACGGCUGCAGACGCUUCAGAAGCAGCUGCGCCACCCGCCGGGACCGUAACACCUGUAACAGCUGCACCCAUAACAGUAACGCUAGGAGGAGGAGCAGGAGGCAGGAGGAGCAGGAGGAGCAGGAGGAGCAGGAGAAGCAGGAGGAGCAGGAGGAGCAGGGGGGGCAGGGGGAGCAGCAGGAGCAGCAGCAGGCACAGCAAGAGACGAAGCAGCAGACAGUGCCCUACUAAUAGACUGCCCUCAGAGAGGCACGUUCCUGCCGAGCCUGGGCUCUUGGAUCGACGUGGGCGCCAUACCUAUGUGGAUCACGCCCGGACCUAAUGGGUCCCCGAGCCCUCUGAUUCUCCAAGGUGGGACGAGCCAGUGGCAAAUGGUGGGGCAGGAGAUCGAGGUCCCUUCUCCUGGCAUGCUGGGAAUGAUGGAGGAUAUGGGCGGGGAGGAGGGGGCUGGUGGGGCAAGAGAUCGAGGUGCCUACUCCUGGCAUGCUAGGGAUGAUGGAGGAAGCUCAGACGCAGAGGAGGAAAACUGAGGUACCUUCUCACGGUAUGCUGGCUGCGUUGAAUGCAGAGCGGGGGAUGACGAUGAAGGUAUCGAGGUGCUGCCUCGAGGCCGAGGGUGCAAACCGACUUGGUUGCCUGGAGAUGAAACUCUUGAUUGAGUGAGGGUUUGAGGUGCUGCCUCGAGGCUGAGGGUUUCAGCCAGCAAUGGUUUGAGGUGCUGCGAACAGGCUGAGGGUUUUAGCCGACGAUGGUUUGAGGUGCUGCCUCGAGGCUUAGGGUUUUAGCCGACGAUGGUUUGAGGUGCUGCCUUGAGGCUGAGGGUUUCAGCCAACAAUAGUUUGAGGUGCUGCCUCGAGGUUUAGGUUUUUAGCCGACAAUGGUUUGAGGUGCUGCCUCGAGGCUCAGGGUUUUAGCCGACAGUGGUUUGAGGUGCUGCCUCGAGGCUCAGGGUUUUAGCCAACAGUGGUUUGAGGUGCUGCCUCGAGGCUUAGGGUUUUAGCUGACAAUGGUUUGAGGUGCUGCCUCGAGGCUCAGGGUUUUAACCGACAAUGGUUUAAGGUGCUGCUUCCUGUUGAGCUGGUAGAGUUGAGUGCUGCGAGCGGU